UGCGAGGAGCAGAAGUGCGAAGAGGAGGUCUUCCCCCUGGCCAUGAAUUACGUCGAUCGCUACCUGUCGUCAGUCUGCAUGCGGAAAAACCACUUGCAGCUUCUGGGAGCAGUCUGCAUGCUCCUGGCUUCCAAGCUGCGAGAAACCAUGCCCCUGACCGUGGAGAAACUCUGCAUUUACACAGACAACUCCAUCACGCCUCAGCAGCUCCUGGAUUGGGAGGUUCUAGUCCUGGAGAAGCUAAAGUGGGACCUGGUCUCAGUGAUAGCGAAUGAUUUCUUGGCUCACAUCCUCCAUCACCUCCCGCUGCCAAAGGACAAGAUGGAGCUGGUGAAGAAACACGCACAGACCUUUAUCGCCCUGUGUGCCACAGACUACACUUUUGCCAUGUACCCCCCCUCCAUGAUCGCGACAGGCAGUAUCGGGGCAGCGAUCCACGGCCUGACGGUCUCCGUGAACGAUUUCACCGGCGAGGCGAUCACCGAGCUGCUGGCCAGCAUCACCGGCACGGAGGUG